GGGGUCACAGCCCUGAGAGGACGGGGGCAGCUGGGUCAGGAGGGGUUCUGGGGACACCGUCCUGACCGACCCCAUCCGGCUCUAGGCGGGGAAGAGCCGUGGUGGGACAGCUCGGGGAAGGAUAUGUCCCCCUUUAGGACACGCGGUGCAAGUCUGGACGCGUGGCGUGAUUGACACUCACCGAAUAUCUUUGAAGACCUUUCCUCCACCUUGAAAAGUGCAUCAAGGAAAAGAUCUUUUGAAAGAGCUUUAUGACCUUUGAAAAACCUCUAAUACUGAAGCUAAGGAAGAGUUCUCUGAUGACAAGCUGCAAUCUAAUUCUGUGGCUAAGCUGGUCCCUUUAAUAUGUUGAAGAUGGCAUCAUGCCUUUAUGAAUGCCUUCGUGAAGCAGAACUUGAAAAAUACUAUCCCCGCUUUGCUGCCUUUGGUCUUCAGAAAAUUGAUGAGCUUGUCGAGGUUUCCAUGGAAGAUUACACCAAACUGGGGAUCCAUGACACAAAUGACCGCAAGCGUCUUUUUCAGCUCAUUAGAAUAAUCAAAAUUAUGCGACAGGAAUGCAUUGCAGACUUAAGCAAGCAAGAUUUUCAACCACAUGGCCUUUUCAUUCAGCCUCAGGUGACCAGGUCAGGACCCCGUAGACAGCUGCGCUUUGAGUCCUUCUGUGAAGAAAAUGGUGGAACAGCUGGAGACGCUGAACCUGAAUUGUGUCAUUCACCUGACUUCGGUGCCAAUGGAGAGAAGAACAGUGCAGGGGAAAUGCUGGGACAUAUUCCACCACAUGAUUCAGAGCCAAUCAGAUUAGCUAGAAAAGACCUAAAUAACCCUGGAAUAGGAACAAAAAAUGACCUGAGCUGUCCAACAGUUACUGAUGAUAUUGCUCCUCUCCUGGGGGAUUCUGAAGCUCCUAUUGUACAAAGAGUAACUCAUAUUUCAGGGUAUAAUUAUGGACUACCUCGUUCCUGUGUCAGAUCCAAUACUGUGGACAAAGAGACUCCAUGGACAGAGAGUGAAAAAAUCAGAGUAUGUGUCCGAAAACGUCCUCUCUGCCUGAAGGAGGAGAAACGUGGGGAGAUUAAUAUCAUCACAGUGAAAGAUGAAGAAACCCUACUUCUCCAUGAGAAGAAGGAGGCAGUUGAUCUUACACAAUACAUUUUACAGCAUGUUUUUUAUUUUGAUGAAGUCUUCGCGGAGUCAUGUAGCAAUCACGAUGUGUAUAUGAAGACAGCUUAUCCACUCAUUCAGCAUAUUUUUAAUGGAGGCAAUGCAACUUGCUUUGCAUAUGGACAGACUGGUGCUGGUAAGACUUACACCAUGAUGGGGAAUCACCGGAACCCAGGACUCUACGCCCUGGCUGCCAGGGACAUCUUUAAGUACCUGGAAGCAUCACCAUCCAAGAAAGAUCUUAGUGUUUUGGUCAGUUUUUAUGAGAUCUACUGCGGACAGCUUUAUGACCUGCUAAAUGGAAGGCAAAGACUUUUUGCAAGAGAAGAUGGCAAGCACGUUGUUCAGAUAGUUGGACUUCGGGAGGUUCAGGUGGAUUCUGUAGAUAAGCUGUUGGAGGUGAUUUUGAAGGGGGGAAAAGAACGUAGCACAGGAGCUACUGGAGUUAACUCAGAUUCCUCUCGGUCUCAUGCUAUCAUCCAAAUUCAAAUUAAAGACACAGCCAACAGGGCAUCUGGAAGGAUAUCAUUCAUUGACUUGGCUGGCAGUGAAAGGGCAGCAGAUGCCAAAGAUACGGAUCGACAAACAAAAAUGGAAGGAGCAGAAAUAAACCAAAGUCUUUUAGCAUUAAAGGAAUGCAUUCGGGCGCUGGAUCAGGAACAAAUGCAUACUCCUUUCCGGCAAAGCAAAUUAACUCAGGUGCUAAAGGACUCUUUCAUUGGCAAUUCCAAGACAUGUAUGAUAGCAAAUGUUUCACCGAGCCACACAGCUACAGAGCACACCCUGAACACUCUGCGGUAUGCUGACAGGGUCAAAGAGCUGAAGAAAGGGAUUAGAUGUCCUACCCCUCUCACGAAAAGGCGUCGCAAAGCUGGAAAUUUAUCUCCAAAACAUGUCCAAAGCACCCUAUCUUUGCCACCUGGGGAAAAGAGCUCUCCAAAGAAGGUGAAGCUAGGCCUACAGCAUCCCUCAAGUGCUACAAAACCAAAGGCAUAUCCGGAAGCACUCCAGCCACUUGAUGUCCCCCUUACCUCUACCCCCAAGGGAAUUGGUAAAGAACAUGCCUACAAAGGAAAUACUAGCACUCCCUGCUUCCACCACACCACCCCAGUGAAGGGAAUCUUGCGGAUAACAAAUCCCCUGAAGAAGAAAAAUGAUGAUCUAUCCCCCAACACUGAAAAGACCGCCUUGGUGAAUGAUUUCAUUGCCACAGCAGAAACAAAAGAGAGUGGCCAGCAAGACAAGUAUGUGCAAAACACAACACCUGUUCAGUGCCUGAAAGUCCAGACAGUGCAACCUGUUCAGAAACAGCUUGUUCCUAGAGAUGAUAAUGCCUUUGGAGACGGAAAUCUGCCCUCCGACAGUGAACAGGAAUGGGAAAACACUUGCACUAAAGAGUCUGUUGAGCCUUGGACAUACCUGCCUCCGUUUCAGAAGGAAAGGGAAGAGCAUUUACGUCUUUAUCACCAACAGUUUCAGCAGCCCCCUAUUCUAAUGCAAAAAUUGAACUAUCAACCCCUUGAGAGGUUUUUAAUGCAGUACAAGCCUGAGGAGAUUCAAGUGAAGCAGGAGCUGAGCCUUACUCCGACUGAACUGCAGAGCAAAGAGGGGAUGCAGCUGGAAGAUCUGGAUGACAGUGAUUUCAGUGAAGAUUCUUUCUCACCUAUCUGUAAUCAAAAGAGUGUGGAAAGAAGAAAUACCAGCAAAUGCAGUCAACAUUCAUUUUUCCUUCAUGAAAGAGAACACGUAACUGAAGAAGAGCAAAAAGGCCAAAAGCGACAGGAUUUAUUUUUUAAAUAUGCAAUACCCAUGCAAGAUCAUGGAUUAGAUGACAGCUGGGAUUGUAGUGAGGGUAGCCCAAAGGCAGAAGAAUCCAUUAAAAAUGCAGACUGCAGCAAUACUUCUGCAGACUGGAGCUAUGACUUAGCUGUUGAAUCCUCUCCAAGCAAUACUGCAGAAAAACCUUACUGCCUGCAGGAAGAUCCUGGUUGCAGCUGGAGAAAUGGCAAGGAUUUCCUAGCUGAUCACAAAGAGUACAAGUCCAAACACAGAUGUCUUGUUUACUCCAGUGAGGCCACCUUAACUCCAGCAAAGGAUGCUUCAAGCCCAUAUAUAUCUCCUGUGUCGAAAUCAGGAACUCCAGAGUGCAAAGAGAUUGAUCUCCAGCAUAAGGAGAAGGAAGAAUCCACUUUGGAUAAAAAGGCUGCCUUUGCAGGAGGUGUAAAAUUGAAAGCUCAAAAUAAUGGAGUUAGCCACUGUGUUUCUUCCAGCUGUUCCUCAGAAUUCACCUCUGAGCUCAUGACCCCUCCCCUCAUGUCCCCUCUCGAUGGUGAGGACACAGCUGAAACAGAGGAAGUGUCUUCCAGCCAAAAGGAGCCCCACUCUGAGAAGCAGAUGCUGGACAGUGACAUCCAGAGCAGGUUUGAGGACGAGAGCUGGCAGUGCACCAGGAGCAGAUCUCUGACUGACAGCAUGCUGGAGCUGGGGGAGCAGAGCCGCCUUGGGGGAAGGCUCUGUGCCCUACUGGCAUCUCCUCAAGCCAAGCACAAGCAGCUCCCACCCACCUGCGGCCGUGUGAAGCCGUGCUGCUGCCACCUGGGAUUGUAUUCAUCCAAGCAGGGAGUCCGGCGCAAUUUGUUUGUUGGAUGUGACCCGACAGAAUCAUCCACAGCUGGAUCCACGGUCCCCAGGCCAGAGAGAGAGGGUGGGGGACUUUGCAGUGAAACCCCCUGCAAAGAUCACUUGGGAGGCAGACGUGGUGCUGAUGUUAAUCAGCAUAACAAUGCUGGUAAUUCAGGGAAGUCUAACUCAAGUCAAGAGGCCCACGAUGAGGAAAUAAACGCUGAAAUACCUGAAAAUAGCUAUGCAGCCCAGUCCCCCUAUCAGGAGAGCAGCUUGCUGCUGCAGCCCAAGCCAGGACUGAGGGAUGAGAACCUCACCCAUUCUGAAGACCCUGCCAAGUCAUCGUUCGGAAAUGAGGAAACAGGGUUGCUAAAAACCAAGUUAAAGCAGAGUAUUUUUACACAAGAGACUUUUGCUGCAGAUGCAGGAUUUGCAACCAAAGAUAAUAAGCCAAUAGCAAAUGCAAAGUGUCCCCCACACAUGUCCAGCAGCAGCUCUCCAAGUGCUGUAUCAGAGAUGAGGAAAUGGCAGAGGGAAGCCCUAGAAAAGGCACAACAGACUGUAAUUCGUGCUCAUCAGCAGCAGCUGGAUGAAAUGGCAUGCCUGUGCUUCAAAGAGGAGUGCUUGAUAAAUCAGAUGUCAGCAAUGGAUUUUCCGAAUUUCAUGACCAUGCUGGAUGAAAUCCUGGUGCUGAAGUCAAAGUGUGUCCAAGCAAUGCGAGCCCAGCUGCAGCUUUGUUUAGCCUCCACUGACAUAUCACUUGAAACACCUCCAUCAGUUUAGACCUUCUUUGCUUCCACGUGUACUGGAGCACCUACAGGAGACCUCAGCCAGCACUUUGCUACCCUUGGUGCUGUGGUGUGUGGGAGGUAGGGGAUAGCUUUUGGUUUGAUGUUUGUGAUUAGUGUGUGCUUUAUAUAAGGAUGGAGAGAGUUCUGAGUAAAUGAGAGAUGACUAAUUGGCACCAUAAGCUGUGUAUUUCAUUAAUACUAGUAAGCCGCGUUCUGAACAGUAACAAUUCAGCAGCCUUUAAAUGUCUCACCAAGCAAAAAGCAAGUUGUGUUCAUGUAUCAUAGCAGCUCCUCACAUGUUAAAGGCAGUUUUGUGUUGCCAAGUAAGGGAAAUGACUUUGAAGCCAGAUACAGGUCUGAAUGAAAUGCUCAAAAGCUACCCACAAAAGUUCUUGCAAACAGAAGCCAGGAAAGAGAGAAGGUUGUUACACUAAAGUGACUGGACCCUAAGUAUUUGGAAGUCAAGGGAGGGUGUGAAGUGCUUUCAAUUUCAGAAGAAAGCCUAUUGUUAGUUCUUGUGAUGAAUCCUCCAGAGCUUCUGAAAGAGGUAGCUUUAAGUUAUGGGUAAGAAGUGGUUUAGCAGGGACUUCGUACCAAAGAUUCCAUCUGGCAUGUUAAUAAGCACAUGGGUUUCAUGCUGCUGCUCAGAGGAAGACACCAGCAGCUGUACCUGCUGCACACCACAUCUAAUGUUCUGACCAGAGCAGAACAGAUUUCUCACAUGAAAAGGGGGUCUGCUUGGAGGCACUGAGCUUCCAGAAGCUGCUAACAGCACUGUUAGGUGAAACUGGUAUUUGAAUCAAGAGCUAUGGAGCCAUCAGCUGGAGCCCUGCAGAAGACCUAGUGCUGCAUGCAUCACAUCUGAACCACAAACCUAGUCCACUUGCUUUGAAGACACAAGUGACCUUGAGACAUGCUUGCUGACCAUGCACUGUGUGAGCACUCCCACUCCAAAAUUAGGGCUGUCACAGCACAUUCAUCCAUCUCUGUGUCUCCUCAGUAAUGCCUGUGGUAGCUCAUUCAAAGCUUGCUCAGUAGCCAGAAAUGCCAAGGGGAAUGGAACACUGCUGUCUGACCAGCUGUGGGUUUUGCUGCCUGCCUGCACAGCCUCCCUGAGGAGCCCAGGUUGGGCUGAGCAGCAGGACAAUAAUUGCAGUGACACUGGGAUGCAUAUUUGGUGCAAACACUCCCAGGAAUGUCACCCAGCGUAGGCCUGGGGAACAGAAGCAAAUCCCACAUCACUGCCCUGACUAUUGGGCUGUUUUUAGCAAUGGUUAGUCUCCAUCUUGCAACUGAAACUGUAUUUCUCUGUGGAGCAGAGCAGAGCUUCUCUGGGGUCUGAGGUUAUGGCUCUUGAAACGGUUCCUGUGUCCUGGUCACAGGCCAGCAGCAAGUCACACCUGAACCUGGGUCAGAAGCCUUCCUCACUUACCCAGAGAGAUGAGGCAUCCAUGAGGAAGACUCUUGGUAUUUCUGCAUGGAGCAGUCGUGCUUGGCAGCCACCAGAGAGCUGUAAAGUAGUGGGACAUCAGCACUCUGCUCAAACCAUGCAGGGAGGAGUACAUGUUUAAAACCAGCAAUUCCCUCCACUUCCUGGGGCCAGGGAGACUUUUCCUGUGAGGGGAAUACGAGGCAGCUGCACAGUCCUGAUACCACAAAUUAGAUGUGGGCACUUAAGUUUCCCCAGCACAUUCUCAGCAAGCAUGCAGCAAAUACUGCUCUCAGGGAGCAGCUGAGGAGUUUGGCAAGUCUAUUUGGAACCAAGGAAAAGGUCAGACUGUAGGAUGUGUACACAGGUCACAGGAAAAUGUGAUGCCCAAUCAGAAACAGUGCGAGGGAGGAAAAUUUUCCCUCCACGUACUCUGACAUUUGGGAGAUGAGUAUUGGUUGAGUGCUCUUUCAGGUUUUUAAAAAGCAGCUGAGCAGAGUAUGUUCAAAGGCAUUUUGAGUGUCUCCAGAAGCUGGACAUUCCUAAGCAACACACUAAGAAUCAUUUGCAUAUCCCACAAUGCCAUGUCCUAACCUCAGUAUCUGCAGGCAGUUGUGACAAGACAGAUGACUGACCAAAAAUUUCUGUGAGCAGAGAUGUGAGUUAAGUCAGCUGCCAGAUAGAUUGGAGCCACCUGUGAAUCCCAUCUGAUCUACUGUGAAAAAAGCAAGUCUCUCUGGCAGAUCUGAGCCCCAGCAUCAAUUCCCAGAGCAGGAACUAUUUGCUCCCUUGAGGAAUGGCCAGGGACACUGAGAAACAACAAAUAAUCAGAACAACAACCACACACUUUUCUGAGGUCUGAUACAAUCUUUCCUUUUAAAAGGAAAGGAUUGAGGCAAUCCACAUGACUAUACCUUCUUAAAUAUAUUUUAUUAUGUCUGUUCUCCAAAAUUUAUUUUCUCUAUUGAAUGUGAGACUUGACCAAAAUAAAAAAAUAAAGCACCUGGCUGUGAAAAUCAGCCCAUCCUUGGCAAUAACAUGGACAUGCUUGAAGUGCUGCACACCUCAAAGAUACCAACAAUGGGUUCUGCAUACGCAACAGAAACUAUCAAGCUGCUGUCAGAAAUGGUAACAUUUUUCUCUCCCCUGUGAGGUUUAUUACCCAGUUGCUGCUUUAAUUCUUGUGUGAAAUUGUGCUAAAUGAACAUUUUAAGUGUCAUCCCCUUCCUACUGUUUGAUAUUUCACUGACAACUGCUACAAAAGGUUUUCGCUUCAAUUUGACGAAUAUGUGUUAAAGUGUCAUAAAAGCAAUCUAAGAGAUUUUGAGAGCUUGGCCAUGUACAAUCGAAUAAACACAGAACUAAAAUGGA